AUGAAAGAGUGUUUGAUCCAACUCCCAACUCUCACUGCACCACACCAAAAAGAACCACUCAUCCUGUACUUGUCCGCCGAACAACGCGGUGGGCGCGGUACUCAUAGUGGAGAGAGAGGGGUCCAAACACCAAUCUAUUAUGUCAGCAAAAUGCUCAACGAUCCAGAGAUAAGAUACUCCAUCAUGGAGAAGUUGUUACUCGUGCUGGUACAUGCAUCCAGACGGCUACGCCAUUACUUUGCAGAUCACGUCAUCAUCGUGUUAACCAACUACAGGAUCGGGCAAAUCUUCUCCAAGCCCGAAAUCUCUGGACGACUUGCCAAAUGGGCCAUUGAACUGGGUGCGCACACCUUGAUUUAUAAGCCCCACCUAGUAAUCAAAGGCCAGGUUUUAGCUGACUUCGCCGCGGAAGUACCGGCAAAUCGCAUCCAAGAAUGCGAAGACGGACAAAAUCCUACACCUCCAUCGUCCCCAUCAGACAUCUGGGCACUAUAUACCGAUGGUGCAUCAAACGAGAAUGGUGCGGGUGCAGGUCUGCGACACGUCAGCCCUGAUGGCCAAGAGCUUACCUACGCCACCCGCAUCGAUUUUAAAAGUACAAACAACGAGGCAGAGUACGAGGAUUUAGUCGCAGGGCUACGCUUGGCAGUCAAGCUCGGCGUACAACAUUUGGAAGCGCACGUCGACUCAUUACGAGUUGCGGGGCAAGUCCGCGGUGACUACACCGCGAAAGGGGAUAUCAUGAUCCUCUAUCUCGAACAAGCCAAGCAACUGACAUCACGGUUCACCUCCUUCAACAUUCGCCAUAUUAACAGGAGUGAAAACAAACCCGCGGAUGCACUUUCAAAACUUGCAUCCACCAGCUUCCAACACUUGGCAAAGGAAAUACGUAUUGAGAUCCUGCAAAAUCCUUCAGUACCCCUGCGCCAAGUCAAUGUCAUCCAAUACGGUAUAGCGUCUUGGAUGAAACCAAUUAUAAGAUACCUACAAUCUGGUAUCACCCCUGAGAGUAAAGUAAAGGCACGCAAACUACAGUACAAGGCGUGUCACUAUCAAAUGGCAGACGGUAUCUUAUACCGCAAGUUAUACUUAGGGCCACUCUUACGAUGCGUUGACCCUCAAGAUGCCACAUAUCUUGUCAGAGAUAUACAUGAAGGAAUAUGUGGCAUACACGCGGACCCACACAUGGUAGUGUCCAAAAUCAUGAACGCUGGGUAUUACUGGCCUGACAUGCACCUGGACGCGGUUAAGAUCUUGCGCAAGUGUUUCAAUUGUCAAUGA